AUGAGCAGCAAUCAAGAUCAGCCAGAGGCUCCGAACUCAGCCAUCCUCACAUCUUCAUCAUCAUCAUUGGCUGAAUAUGAAAAUAUGCUUCAGAAUGACCAUCUUGUACUUUAUUGUGUCGUCUUUGGAUGUUCUGGAAAACUUGAUCAAGUCUUGAAUGAUGAAAAGAAGAAGGAAAUUAUUGAUUGGGUAUAUUCAAUGCAAAUAACGCCUGAUCAAAACGAGUCCAACUUAGAGAGAUGUGGAUUUAGAGGAGGUAAUUUUCUCGGACUGCCAAUUAAUUGUUAUCAGUGUUGUCAUGAACAUCCGUUGACUGAAAAUCAGACACGAUACGAUGUUGGCCAUAUUGCCAUGACAUACACAGCUUUAGCAAUUUUGAGAAUACUCGGAGAUGAUUAUUCCCGAGUCAAUAAGAAGGCCAUUGUAGGCGGCUUGAAAUAUUUGCAAGAUAAGAAUGGAUGCUUCAAGGCUACAUGUUUUGGAAGCGAAACAGAUAUUAGAUUUACUUUUUGUGCUUGUGCAAUUUCUUCUUUUCUUGAGGAUUGGGGUGGGGUUGACACUGAAUUAGCUUAUCAAUACAUUUUAAGCAGUCGUGGCUAUGAUUACUGCUUUUCUCAUGGACCUGGACUAGAAUCCCAUGGAGGAAGCACCUAUUGUGCUAUUGCAGCUUUGGAUCUAAUGGGAAUGCUUAAUAGGCUCGAUCAUCAAGAAGAAAUGAAGGAGUGGUUAUUGAAGAGACAAAUUUCUGGUUUUCAUGGUCGACCACAAAAGGAUGUUGACACAUGUUACUCAUUUUGGGUUGGAGGAACUCUAAAAACUCUUGAUUGUCUCCAAUAUAUUGAUGAGAGUCAAACCACUCUCUUCACCUUGUCAUGCCAAACAGAUUAUGGUGGAAUUAGCAAAGUGAAAGACACAUAUCCAGAUGUUUUGCAUUCAUACAUGUCUCUUGCUGGACUGAGUUUAAUUGGAUUCAAAGGGCUCAAUCGUGUUUUCCCAUCCCUAAAUAUUACUGAACGAGCAGCUUCCGGUUUGAAAUGUUUUGAAUCGAGAAAUAACAACUAA